AUGCACAAGAGAGCUGGGUACGCCGAGCUCUUGAACAGUAAGCUUCGCAGUGACAAACUUCUGGCCCGUCGUGAUGUGACACGGCUGGCAAAGCUCAAGGUGUUUCUUGACCAACACCAGCAUGCCUCACAGUGGUCCACGUGUGUCGCCGCUCUCACCGAUGCCUCACGUCAUAAUAUCACUCCCACGAGCGAGAUGCUGUGCGACGCAAUUGAACGAUGUGGACGCAGAGGGAAGCUGGACGUUGCACGAAAACUUUACACAGACUUCCACAGGGAAAUCAAUAAACCCCGCUCUAUGGAAGUGCAUGUGGCCUUUAUGGCUGCCUGUGCGGACUGUGGGGACUUCGAGGAGGCUCAGAAACAGUUUCUGCGUUUACGACAGCGAGACGCGGACCUCCUGAAGAAAGAUGCGACACACACACCUGUUGUUAACGAUAAUCUCACAUCUGAGUACUUGCGUGCUGCGCUGGUGGCGUCAACGCGCCAUGAGCAUGGCUUCCGCUCCCUUGCCGCUGUCGCUACCGAGGGUAUGACAAAGAGCAACGACACAAAUGCUGGUGACAAGGUUGAUACCGCAUUGCCGUGGGCGCUGGCACUGAAGGAGUUCAGUUCUCUCCGCACGGGCGGUGAAGGGUUUCGUGAGCACAACCCACUGACACCCGUCGUUGUGGAACGUGUCGCGCGGCUCUGGGAAGCUGGUGGGAAGUGGGAGAAGUGUCUGCGCUUCCUCCGCGGCUGCGGCCAACAGAACGUUCUCAUCCCACCUGAGGCACACGACGCAGCGAUACGUGUGUGCUAUCGCCACAGUAGGCACGCAGAGGUGGUAUCGCAGAUGCAACAAAUGAUUGCUACCCGUUCCCCACCAGAUGAGCGCAGCGUUCGGCUGGCACUCACCUCCUGUGAGGAGGUGGCCGCAGUGGAACGGGGCGCAUUGCUUCAGCAGCCCGCGGGGUGGGCCCUUGCAGUUUCUCUCUUUGACGCGAUGCGGAACAACGGUGUGACUAUGUACCAGCAGAACUACGAGUCGCCGCUGCGUUCGUGCGCCAUGGCCGGACAGUGGGAGGAUGCGAUGCGAAUCCUUGACGUCAUGAAGAAAGACAGACGGCCGAUAUCCUCGCAGGUGUACCGUUUGGCACUGGCUGCUCGUAUCGAGGCGUGCGACUCUUUUGAUGAGGCCCAGCGUUUUGCCCAGAUGCCGGUUAUGCAAAACGGCGGCAUGAUUGUUUACCUGGCGCUUCUGCGUUGCUGCAUGAAGCAGCGUGAUUGGAAGAAUUUUGAUCGCAUCAAUAAAGAAAUGCGAGACCGAGAAAUACCCGAGACGUUUGAUAAAAUGCGCCUUCUUAUCCAAGCCGCAUACAUGCGCGAGCAGUGGCACAGCGUCCUGAUGCGCUUCGCCCGCUUUGAGAGCAUCGCCGGUCACGAGCAGAAACGGGUGGUGGAGGAUAAAGUCGUCCGGUCGUACCCCGAGGAUUUCGACGUGCCUGACAUUCUGCUCGACAUGGUGAUUGAGGCGUACGGGCAUGUGAAGGACCACAAGGACCCUGUCGUCCACGUCGCAUACCAGGCGGCACUGAAGCGAAAAGCAAAGGGCACGGCGCAGCUUUCAUUCUCGUCCCAGCCUGCUGCCACAGCGCCGCCGGAAAAGUGGAUGUUCUCACAAACGGAGAGGGAGAAGCAAACGCCUCCGAAGAUCUUCUGA